AUGGCGUCGUAUCUGCCGUUCGCGCACAAGAAUCCGUUCCGCACGAAGCGGAAAAUGUCGGGGCCCGUGGGCUCCUGGGGCCCGCUGGACGAGAAGAACGCCGUGUCGUGGCCCGAGAUCAACGGCGGCCCCGUGACCGUCGGAGGGGGACGCAGCCCCAGGCACUGGUGCGACUCGGUGGACUACCGCGAGGUGGCCAGCUUCGUGCUCUUCGCGCUCUACAUGGUGGCGGACGUGGGCCUCGGCGUCAUGGUCUGGGUCACCUUCUUCAAGUUCAUCGUCGAGCCCGACCAGCACCGCACGCGCGCAACGUGGGGAGGCAUCUGGCUGCUCUUCGCCGGCACCUUCUUCUACGUGCGGCGCCUCGUGCGCUCCCGCGUGGACGUGCACCUGCGCGGCAUGAUGGACCACGCCGAGAUCUUUGUGGCCAUGUCGCUCGUCAUGGUCUUCUCUGUCAACAUCGCCUUCUACCUGCACGUGCCGGCCACCACGCCGCUCAAGGAUCUGGGGUUCAUGUUUAUCCCUGAGCAGGGUCUCCACUCCAAGUGGCGCCCCGUGAGCGACAUCUUGACGGCUGGCGUCCCCGUCAUGUUCCUGCUGCAGACCAUUUUCAUGACGCGCCCCAACCGAUGCCGCAUCGUGUCGUCAUUCUUCCGCGUCGCCACGAUCUGCUACUUCCUGCGCAUGUUGACGGUGUCCGUGACGUCGCUUCCCGGACCUGCCCCGCACUGCCGCGCCGGCAGCCCAGACUACUUCCCACCGCAGACGUGGAUCGACAUUGUUACGCGCGUUGGGCCUAUCUACGGCAACUACAACUCGUGCGGCGACCUUAUUUUCUCGGGCCACAUGGCGUACACGAACUCGGCCGUGCUGCUGUACCUGCGGACGCUGGACCGCAACUUUGCCGGGCGCACUGCCUCGAAAAUUCGCUGGGCGUGCGGCAUGGCGUACUUGAUGAUCCUGGCCGCGCUGUGCAUUGCCGGCCGCAAGCACUACACGGUGGACGUCGUGCUGGGUCUAAUCAUCUCGACGCUGGUGUUCUUCCACUUCGAGCACAGCUGGACACCUCUGUGCUUUCAGGUGCCGCACGGACUGCUGCCGCUGGGUGACCUGCAGCGGCUCUACGGCUCGCAGUGGCAGAAGCGCUUUAGCAUGGACGUGACGGACGAGGCGCUGAACGAGAUGGACGACGCCGAGGGGAAUGAGGAGUCUCGACGGCUGCUCAAGACGAACGCGUCGACGUAUAACCAGGUACAGCUCAUCUGCUGA